CAUGCGCAGCGCCUAAACCGGGCUCUGGAGCCGCCGGCAGCAAAGCCGCCGGGGAACGAAACCGGCCCGCAGCCCGGCGGCCGCACUGCGCAUGCCCGCGUGGAGGGGCGGGAAGCCGAAGCCGGCCUAGUGGAGGCGCGGGGAUGGCCAGUCUGGUGCCAGGGGCAGCGGCCCGCAGCAAGAAGCGUCCGGCGAGCCCGGGCAACGGCAGCGGCCCCAGCAAGAAGAAGAAGCUGCCAGCGGCGCCGAGCGGCCCCCAGCUAGCAACUGUAGGUGCAGAGACCAUGAAUGAGAAUAAAUUUAUGACUGUGGAUCCCAAUACCGGGCCAAUGGAAGCCGCCAUCAAACCAUUGCCAUUUAAGGCUCCCAACUUCAUUCACUCUGGCAUUGGUGGAGCAGCAGCUGGCAAGAAGAACAGAACUUGGAAGAACCUAAAACAAAUUCUUGCUUCUGAAAGGGCAUUGCCAUGGCAGCUCAAUGAUCCUAGUUACUUUAAUAUCGAAGCUCCUCCUUCCUUUAAACCAGCCAAAAAAUACUCUGAUAUUUCAGGACUUCCUGCAAAUUAUACAGAUCCACAGAGCAAGCUGAGAUUCAGUAGCAUUGAAGAAUUUGCUUACAUUCGGAUGCUUCCUUCAGACGUUGUUACAGGUUACCUGGCGUUAAGAAAAGCAACGAGUAUAGUUCCCUAAGACUUGCAAAAUGCCUUUGAGUGACCAGCCACGGAUUGGAAUAACAUUUAGUGUUUUAAAUAAAACUCUGCUUGUGGCAUUGAGAUUAUUUAGGGGUGUUACAAAUUAAUAUUCAUAUUUAUGUCUGAAAGUGGCUGGAUUGAAAUGUGCAUUCGAAAGAAUAUUUAGUUUUAAUUUUGAUACGUCAGUGUAUUUGUUAGCUUGCUGACAUAAGAAUCUUGUUGUAGUCAACAAAAGAUCCUGAAUGUUUAGGGUGCAGUCCUGGCCCUACUGAAAUCAGUCUGAGUUUUGCCAUUUACUUCAGUGAGGCCAGGAUUUCACCCUUGCUGUUGUUAAGUGCACUGAUAUUUGGCUUAGAAGAAGGAUGAGUGAUCUGAGCCCAGGGUUAGUGACCAAGAACUCCUGAGUUCUAAACCUGCCUUGCAUAUGGAGAAGUCACAAACUCUUUGCUUCAGUUUGCCCCCCCUGUAAAAUACUUUUCUGAAUACUGUUGUGGGGAUUAGUUGGUUAAUGUCCAUUAAGCAUAUUGAAAAUGAAGAUGUCUAUUCAAGUGCUAAUAUGCUAAUAUUUAUAUUGCAAACUUAAUUAUCCUAAUACAGGGCAGAGUCCUGGGUGGGGAAACAAAUACCGAAUAACUUGGGAUAUUUUAGUUUUCAGGUAAUCAAGAGAACUGUCAGUGGAAUUAAAAUUAUACACACAAACUAUAAUACAAGGCUCAAUCCUAAUGAAUAAGGAAAAGAGGGGUGAAUUAAAAUUGCAUAAAUUCUGAUA